CGACCUCCGAGAAGGCAAGGCAAGGAAGGAAAGGGGAUGGGGGUCUGGACAGGUUGGGGGAGCUGGACGGGGUGAGAGGGAGCCCCAGUUUUAUUCCUUUUCUCUUUGUAGGCCUUGUGGUUGUGGUGUGGAGGAAGGAAGCCGUCCGAGUGUGAUUGGAAGGAAGGGCUGCUGGUUUGCAGGGAUCAGGGGUCCAUAGGCCAGAGGUUGAGUCAGGAGCCUCAAAGGGUGCUCCUUGGCCAGGACUAGGUGGAUGGAUGGUCAGCUAGCAGGGGAUCGUGGGAUUCAGGCAGAAACCCGGACAGGUCAGCUCGGCUAGGGAUCAGCAUAGAUGAGAGAGGGCAGCCCGAGACAAUUCUGGCUAGGAGACAGUCCAGGGCAGCCAGUCCAAGGAACAGUGGCUAGUCAGGCCCUCCGUCUAGGUGGGCUGCUGAGGUCAUGGGCUGGUUCCAUGGUGAUGCAAGCCCCUGUGGAGUGUAUCCUCCACUAUAGCUAAGCCCAAGUGGGUGUGACACCCCAGGGGCAGAGUCCCCAAGCGACAGAGACUGAGACCUCAUUCCCUGGCUGGGGAAGGGUGAUGCCCAGACUUCAGGCUGGAGACCAUUCUUCCCAAACCGAGAGAGCAGGUCCAAGGGGAGGUGCCUGGGAUGGUCAGUCAGUGAGAGCCGGUGAGCCAGCCACCUGUCAGCAGGAAAAACAUUUCCCUGGACACGGCGGGGUGCUCCACUGGGCGGCCAGAUACCGACCUUGUUAGCUGGAAGCAGUCAACGUCUGCCAAAUAAUCAAAAAGCCAGCCGGAGAGGGUCAGUUAGAUGUGCCAUCGGUCAGGGGCAAAUAGCCCACUUUACCUUUAGUUAGGGACAUUCAGGUGGUAGAAGACAGGCAGACAGCCUGUGGCUGUUACCUGGGAGAUGGUUGGCCAGUCAGCCAGACCUCUGGCCAGGCCAGCUGGGCCUUCAGCCUGACCGAGACGGAACCAGCAACAGAGUCCGUUGGGGCCACCAGGGGCCAGGAGACUGGAAAUUGAAGUGCACGGAGAAGCAGCUGACGGAUCACACAGCCAGGGACGGAGUCGGGGGGUCACCCUGACCCACACACAGGACCACCCUCGACAGCUGGCCGGAAGUUCAGGUGACCAGCCUGUCACUGUGGUGGCUGGAGGCAGGUGGCUGGUCCGUCUGAGCAGCCCACGCCCUGGACAGUGUGACUAUCAGGACGCGGAGCCAGGGACCUUCACGGAGCGGCCCUGGAAGCCUUGGCCGGCCGCAGAGAGUCGGCCUGGCAAGAGACCCCCAGAUGGUCAGUCCCCCAGAGACGGCCGAAUCUUCAGACACCCAGCCUCACGGUCCUCCCACCCGAGCAGCCCAAUGGCAGCCUCCCAGCUGGCAGCGCUGGAAGGAGAAGAGUUGGGGGCCACGGGGCUGCCCUUGACCGAGGCCAGCCCUGGCUUCCUGUAUUCCGAGGGCCAGCGGCUGGCGCUGGAGGCUCUGCUGAGCAAGGGCGCCGAGGCGUUCGAGGCCUGCGUGCAGCGCGAGGGCCUGCGGCCCUUUCUGAGCGGGGAAGAGCUCCGGAGCCUGGCGGCGGCGGCUGAGGACUGGACCACAUCCAAGCAGCCGCCCAGCAGGGCAGCAGAGGGAGCCCCUGCCACCAUUUGGGACUCGGGCAGCAGCCUGACUUACUGGCCCGGACGGUCAGACGAGCUGGCGCCCACGCUGCGGCUGGGCUGGCCAGAGGUCCCAACCUGGAAGGGAAUCACCCGGGCGCAGCUGUACACCCAGCCACCCGACGAGGGCCACCCGCCCCUCAAGGAGCUGGUGCGCCAGGAAAUCCAGGCUGCCUGCAAGCUAGUGGCCGUGGUCAUGGACAUCUUCACUGACCCAGACCUGCUUUUGGACCUGGUAGACGCCGCGACCCACCGCUGGGUGCCUGUCUACCUGCUCCUGGACUACCAGCAGCUGCCUGCCUUCCUGACGCUGGCCCAGCGGCUGCGGGUGAACCCCUGGGCCACUGAGAACCUAGAUAUCCGUGUUGUGCGGGGCUGCAGUUUCCAGAGCCGAUGGCGACGGCAGGUGAGCGGCAACGUGCGGGAGAAGUUUGUGCUGCUGGAUGGCCAUAGGGUCAUCUCUGGAUCCUACAGCUUCACGUGGAGCGACUCUCGCCUGCACCGCGGUCUGGUGACCCUGCUGACCGGCGAGAUUGCCGAUGCCUUCAGCCGAGAGUUCCGGACACUGUACGCGGCCUCCUGGCCACUCCCGUCUGCGCCCACCUGGGGCCCCUUCGUCAGCACCGUGGGGGGGCUGCAGCUGGCUCACAACCCCCACCGUGUGGCCCGCCGCCGCUCUGUGGCCCCCAUGUCACCGCCGCCACCCGACGGCCCCCUGGCCCGACGCUUGGCUGCCUGCCGGGUCUUUGAGGGGGACAGGCAGGAGACCCCGGCCGCCCCAGGGCCGGCACUGAGCGACAUCCUGAGGAGUGUCCAGCGCGCCCGGACCCCCAGCGGCCCCCCGGCCCGGCCCAGCCGCUCCCUGUGGGACCUGAGCCGCCUGUCCCAGCUGUCCGGCUCCAGCGACAGUGACAGUGAGCCCAAGAAGUCCUGGGGCUCCAAGGACACCCCAGCCAAGGCCCUGAUGAGGCAACGGGGCACCGGAGGGGCCCCCAGGGGUGAGACAGAACCUCGUCCUCUGAGCCGGUCCCAGCCCUGGGGCAGCCCCCUGCCCCUCCUCCCUGCACGCCACCUCCGCUAUCUGUCCCCGACCAGAAGGAGGUUUGGUGAAGAUGCUGCCUCCAAACUCCUGGAACCCCGAGGCUUCCAGCAGCCAGAUCGGGCCGCCUGGGCAGGACUCAAGGGGCGACCGUGACAGGAGCCAAAGCCACAUGGGGCCCACCUGUCUCCCAGCGGCUCCAAGCCCCCCGCCUCUGAGUCGAGGCGUGGACAAUGCUUCUGGCCUGGGUGUCUGGAAAUCGGAAGGGAUUUUUUUCUCUUUGUUCUAGAACCUGGGCAAGCCCAGUGCUCACUCUAGAGGCCAGUGUCACAGUUUAGGAAAUGGGCAGAAAGUCUCGAGUAGCUGGGAUCCUAGAACAUCGCAUAUCCUACCUCUCUGCGGACAGGCCUGGCAGAAUGGCCCCGGUGCUGGAAUUGUGUGGGGUGAAGGUGGCGAGUCCGUGGGACAAAGUGGGGGAGCUUCCGGUACCCACCAUGCUCAGGAGCUGUGGGUAAACAGCUUGGCAAGGGACAGUGUGGGUAAACAGCUUGGCAAGGGAGAGGACAGAAUCCAAUCGAGGGAGUGGGGCUGACUAAUGAGGGCCUGGAAGUUGGUGGGGGUCAGGGCCAGGGGGGCUGGGACUGUUUUGCGGGUGCUAAGCGCUGAGUUGCUGGGGGCUCAUUUACCUCUGCUCAGAAUAAAGCUGCUUGA